AUGGUGGCACAGGUCUCCCCAUCAGCCCCGAUGGCAUUCCAAAACCUCUUCUACCACGCAGGUCGAAAAUGCCUCGUCCUGGAUCUCGACGAGACCCUCAUGCAUAGCAGUUUCAAGGCAAUACAACAAGCAGAUUAUGUCGUACCCAUCGAAACCGAGUACCAACGUUUGGGUUAUCAAACGCCCAGGUGUUCACCCUCUCCCGCCUACCCCUGCCUCGUCGUGAAAGUCUUCCACCGAAAUCCGCCUCUCCCCCGAGCCGACGUAUCGUCAUCGUUCACUUUGAAAUUCAUUCAAUUCGAUCACGCAACUGCAUCUUACUUUGCUGCGUUGCUCAUGGCAGCCUGUUCUUACCAAGUAGUUGCCGGGCAAUAUUACCGCUUGAAGUGCGUCAUACAGAAUCAACCACGUCAGUGUUCUGCCAACACUCCAAAUUCAAUGGCAGGCGGAGCGAAUCCGACCAUCAUGUAUAACGUUGCUCGCAUUCAAACUGCUACCCACCUCACGACGACUGCCAAAGCGAUGGAGGAGAUCACUGCUUCGGCUAGAGACCUACGUCGUGUUCUGAUAAGCGACGCGGAUAUCUCAGCUGCUGUCAGCACAGCCGGGGAUGGGUUGAAGACUGCCACUGAAGGCCUGAUGCUCUCGGUGCUGGCGAAGCAGCAAAUGACGCUGACGAAUCAACCUCACAAAUGGGUUGAUGACUGCAAAGGCGGUCCCUGCUUCGAUGCAAACGCAGAACCCCACCAUCUUGCUCUACUACAUCACGUCCCAACCCCGACAACGGGGGAGAACCUGAUCAAGGACGAGAAGGGUUUCGCGCAAUCUUUGAACCUUGAUAUUCAUCUCAUUCUAUUUGGAUCUAGAACCAAGAGAGGCACUUCUGGUGCAGGAAGGGUUGCACCGUUGUAG